AUGUCGCAUGACAUUGAACCUGAUCCGUAUAGAAGGCUAAGAAGAGCUGAUUCAAAUGAACCGGCGCAUGAUGAUUUGGUAGGACCCCUAGAUUCAGAUCAAAGAAAUGAAACAAAGCCAAGAACGACUCCACUAAUUUAUGAUAGCAACGAUUUUAACGAUAUUAAUAACACAUUGCAUGUAGAUUCUGGCACUGGGAAUUCUCAUGUAGGUCGUGUGGCAGGGGAAAACCAGGGCGACAGACAUUUGGAGGUUACUUAUCCAACCAAAAGUGACAGUUCCUCUACAAGGGUAGGUACUACUCCGUAUGUCUCAAUAAACCACUCAACUACGUUAGAUUUAAGCUCUCCUUCAGCUUCAACUCUCAGCUUGCGAUCAGCAGUGAAUGCGUAUAAACCGGUGGAAAUGACGCACGAUUUUGAUUCAUACCAUUUUGCAAGUACAGUAGGAGACCAAACUUCCAAGAAGACAGAAGAUGCUGGCCAUCAAUCUGAAGAUGCUGACACGGACACCGAGAAAGUUGAGCAUCUCCCUUUGACGAGAGUUAGAAGUAUUCAUGGUACGACGUCGAAAGUGGUGGAAAAUCAAAGCUCUAGGAAAAAAUGGGACUGGAAUAUAUUACCUGCUGUAAAUUCUUCUUUGUUACUUAAGAUGGCAGACUACAACAUCACCAAAAUUUCUAUUGAUGGAGAAAUCAAAUAUAUCAAAUAUGAUCCAAGUUAUAAUUAUGUUCUACCAAUAAUGGAUUUGUUUCUGUCAUUCAAUCGUGAAAGUAAACCAAUUGAGUGUUUGUUGAACGCCGAAGAAAGGCUGAAAUCUUAUGUUUGUUUUCAAUCAGACUAUUUAAAGUUGGAUGGGGAGCAUAAUAUCAAGUUAAACUCCAAAGUACAAUCUACUGAGUCAGUAACAUCCAAUUCAUUUUCUGAUUUGUCUGAAGCGGAAAGGCUAAUCCAUCUAUGGUAUUUACAAUCUACAAAGUUUCUUUUACAGAAUAAUUCUUUGUUUUUCAGUUCAGAUGUUUCACAGACUUUGAUACAAAGAAAAACAAAUAGAAGAAAAUCUUCCAUUGACCAGCACUUACGUUUAAGGAAACUUCAAAGAAGAAGUGAUUCUUCUAGUUCAACCAUAUUAUGCACUCAAGCAUCUUUUAAUGGUGUCGACACUAGAUCAGUAAAUCCCAUAAAACACGUUGACGAUGAAACUUUCGGAGAAAUUGAAGAAAAGGACCCUAAAAUAGGGAUGUUUGAUCCCAUUGGUGAUAUCGAUAUUCUUAUCCUUCGACCACCUUUUGCAGCUCUGGCAAGUUGGCAGAUAGCUUACGAUGAACCUGCUUUAAAUGUUGCAGACUAUCAACUAAAUGUCUUUCCCUGGAUUAAUAACAACUACAUUACUAAGGAUGGCGAAGAUGCAUCAGCUAUGACCUUGAAAAACUUACAGAGAUUAAAAAGUUCAGGUCAUUUAUACCAAUAUGGAUCAUCUGUAAUGAUCGUUUCUGACCAGGACAAACUUAAAAAGUUGACAAAUGAAAAUGCAUACGAAUACAUAGCGGAUUGUAUGAACAAGCCUGUAAGUAAUAAAGACUAUUCAGUUAUUGAAAGGAACAUAAAAUUGAAAGAUAAAAAAGACUUUUCAAAAAUAGCCAGAAGAGAGGAGUCACCCUUCGAAAAAACGACGGUCAUUACUUCUUCACCAUCUCCAACUCCACAAUUAUCAUCAUUAAAACUAAAGGAUACCUCUUCAGCAUCAAUAACCCAUUCUGUAGGCCCAAAAACGAAGAAAACUCCUUUCAAACAAGCGAAAAAAUCGUCUGGGAUUGUAAACUUCUUCAAGAGAAAGCAUAGCCAGUUACAGAAUCUCUCUAGCGGGACUACAACCAAUCCACAUCAUCUAAACGUAAACUUAACUCAUCAAUCUAAUAAAGUUACACCAGCAUCUUCAGCAUCACAUUCUCCUGCGCUCGCUGCGCCGACAGCGAAGACAAAGGAAAUGUCACCAUUAACUACAUUUUUAAAUCCAAAUGGUAAUAUAGCAGCAGACACCACACUUGGUACUAAGCAUAAAGAGUCAAGAGAAGAUUCCUCUAAAUUGGAGGUCGACUCAACUCAGGAGGACGAAUUUACCCAAGAGGACGAAUUGAGUCAGGAAGGCGAAUUGAGUCAGGAGGACGAAUUACAAAGUGAAUGGCUUGAAAACCAUUAUGGUGAGGUAUUAAGUAAUUACAAAAGAAUUAAUAUUCCGACUCAAUAUUCUCUCCCAUCUACUGCAAAGGCAACAAAUGAAGAAAAUAAUGAGGAUCCAUUACUGCAUACAAAGGAGUUUCUGCAACUUGACUUGCCCUUUCAAACAAAUUCUAUGCCAUCGAUUUUUUGCCCAUGGCUGUGGGCUGGUUUAACACGUAGUAAAUGGAUUCAAUUGUCACGAGAGAUCUACAGAUGUUUGCAACCGGAAGGUUAUAUAUUAGCUGUGGUAACAGAUCUGACAACUUCAAACUCCAAUGGACUUAGUGACCAAGGCUUCCCAACAACGAAAGAAAGAGAUACGGCAUUUGAUGUCGUAAGUGUUGGAGCUAUUAAUAAAGGCCUUCACAUCCAUCCCACGUCUUUUCUCACAAAAAUAUUUAAAGAAGUUGGUUUUACAAAUAUAAAAGCCACAGUUCUAAGCAUGAGGUUAGGUGAUCUAAACAAUAAAAUGGGGAUAUUGAAUGAAUUUCUCUGUAUGAUUAGUUGGGAUUACAAUUUCAGAAACCAAGUUCGAGGAAGAAAUUGUGAUGAUAUACCUAAGGAGAUUGAUCUUGAUACCCUUUUCGAAAGAUACGUGGAUGACCAUUGGGGGAAAGUCGAUGACGAUGCAGGAUGCUUCCGGACUUUAUUUAUCGUAGCUCAAAAGCCCAAGGAUAAGAGACAAAAGUAA